AUGAAGACUGGUGGGCUCCGUCGGACUCCGGCGCUGCUUCCGGGGGCCUUGGCCCUGGCUCUAUGCCUCGCGAGCGUGCGCUUGGCUGGACAGGUAAUGGGCUUCGUGCCCUCGGCACCCUCCACGUCUCUCCGCACCAGAGCCGCGCCGCGCGUGGCCUUGGCUGCCUCCAUGCGAGACAGUGAAGGCAACAAAGUGCGAGAGCCAAAGACCUUCGACGCAUCCGAUGUCUCCAGCGUGGCAGGCACAGUGACUGUGGAGUACAAGAAGAGGCCCUUCGGCGUGCUCUCCUACGCACCUUCCACCAGCGGCAAGGGAGCGAUGGUCUGGAACAUGAACGAGAACUCCCGGUACCCUGGAGACCCCCAGGGCCAAGCCUGGACGGGCGGCGUGAAGCAGUACAUGGCGGUGAAGUCCAUCGCCGGCCAGGACGUGAGCACUUGGGACUUCUGGGACAUUCUCGAUCUGCUGGACGACAAGAUCCUCGACAACUCGGCAGGCAUCUUCCAGUCCAGCGGAAGUGGCUCUAUGGGCAACAAGCCUGCCGAGCUUCCCCUUGCCGUAGAGUACGUGGAGUUCAGCUCCAUGGGUGGUGCACCCGCGGCCCCAGCGGCUGGAAGUGGCGAGCAGUUCGUCGACACCCGGGAUGAGAGGUUCAAGGACUUGCCAAAGGAUGCCACGAUCAAGGAGUACAAGAUCCCCGUGGCGCCCCCCACGUACACCAGCAGCGCAGUGGAGGGAUUGCGGGGUGUGGUGGCCGCUAUGCCCGAGCCGGUUGGCCACACGGGACCACGCUACCAAGGCAAGGCAUCGCUGAAUGAAGCUAGCAUUCGGCAGAUGCUGUCCCAGUUCAAGAACGGCCAGAUUCUGCCGAUGAAGGAUGCGUACCAGCUGGCCAUUGAUGCCUUUGACAUCCUGGUCAAGGAGAAGACCCUGGGCCGGGUGUCAGUUCCCGUGGGCAAGAAGGUCACCGUCGUGGGCGACCUGCACGGCCAGCUGUUUGACUUCGAUCACAUGCUGAGCCUCGCGGGGUUCCCGUCGCCAGACAACCAGUUCCUUUUCAACGGUGACUUCGUGGAUCGCGGUCCCUGGAGCGUUGAGGUGAUCUUCACCAUCUUGGCCUUCAAGGUCUGGCAGCCAAACGGCGUCUACAUGAACCGAGGCAACCAUGAGGCGGAGAUGGCCAACCACUUCUACGGAUUCUUCGGGGAGCUGGAGGUGAAAUAUGAGAAGCGCAUGAUUGACCUCUUUGCGGAAAUCUUCAGGGCCACCCCUUUGUGCCACGUCAUCAAUGACGAGGUCUUCGUGGUGCAUGGCGGCAUCCCGGGCCCGGAUCCCCGAGUCUGGUGGAAGGGCAUGGACAACCAGAUCAGCUUCGAUGGCCGUCAGAUCCAGAUUAGCCUCUCCGAAAUUGAGAACUCCAACCGCUUCAUGGAGCCCAACCCGGAUGAGAAUCCCCUGAUGGUGGAUCUUCUUUGGUCCGACCCCAAGGGAAAGGACGGCUAUGGCCCCUCGGGCCGCAUGUCCUCCGGCAUCUACCUGUUUGGCCCGGAUGUUUCCCGGAACUUCAUGGAGUUCAACGGCCUGAAGAUGACACUUCGGUCCCACGAGGUCAAGGCACAGGGCUACCGAUUCGAUCACGAGGGCGCCUACCCUCUCAUCACCGUGUUCUCAGCACCAAACUACGUGGACAAAGCGGGCAACAUGGCCUCCGUUGCGGUGCUGACCAACGACGGCACAAAGAUGGCCGGCCCCGAGUUCGUUCAGUACUCUGCCCAGCCACACCCCGAUGUGCCUUCGGGCGCCUACGCCGUGGGUGGCCCUCUCCACCCCGAGAGCGCGGCGGCACGGUGA